AGUGAAAUUCGCGCGCGGACGAGUAUCGGGAGUGUCGAAUUAAGAGACGGGCGACCAUUUCAGUGCAUCGGUCAAUCCGCUCGAGUAUGAUUAAACUCGAUGACGUUUGAUACUUAUAAUCGGUUAUCGCAUCAGGUCAAUAACACGAAGUCAAGCGGGCGCUUUUGGUUCGACGAGACUAAUACUUGAAGAUUCGACGCUUACAUCAUAUUCUCGUCCUUCGGUAAAUCUCCGCCAUUUAUCUGUGCUAGCGCGCAAUAUUGCGUCAAACUCGCUAUUACGAGAUACUAUCAAAGAACGUCGGCCUUGGUUAGCAUUUUUUUACUACCAUCAUUGCCGUCUAGAGAAUAUUAGAAAGCGUUAAUAGUGUCGACUGUUGUGAUCGUCCGACAUAUAUUGGGAGAAUCAGAUUACAUCAUAUAAUCAUAAAUUAUUGUAUAGAUUAAUCGUCCAAAUAUUGGAAGUCCUCUGUGAAGCAGCUGAGUCUUGAAUAAAAUCUAGCCAACAUUCAGUGGCUCUCAUUCGACAUUAAAAUUUCGCGCGGUUUUUUCAUCGCUUACGCGCGUAGUGCGAACGCACCUAUAACGCGACACGCCGCCAACAGAGCGCGCCACGUCGGAAUUCAGGGCGGUUUUCGACGACAGUCAGUCUCGGCGGCGGCGGCGUUCGGUAGGCAGUUAGGCAAGCAGGCAGUCGGUGGUUACGAGAGCGACAUGUUGGAGAUCUGUGUGAUUGUGCGCGUGGCGGGCGAUCUCUAACGCGCGAUCCCGUGCGUUUCGCGGUGCUGUGCGGUGCGUGUGUACAAUCACGGUGCGGCCAGGUGCACGAGUGAGGAAGCGCACGUCGCGUUACAUGUGAAGUGUCCCGGGGAUACAUUCGUCAUCGUGCCUGCUGGUUUUCCCGGCCCAGCAAACAUGAGCUGGGGCACGGAGCUCUGGGACCAGUUCGAAAAUCUGUCCCUGCACACGCAGAAAGGGAUAGAGUUCCUCGAGAGAUAUGGCCACUUCGUACGUGAUCGUUGCGCUAUCGAGGUGGAAUAUGCGGCAAAACUCAGACGUCUCGUGAAGAGCUAUCAACCGAAGAAGAAGGAAGAAGAGGAUUAUCAGUAUAGUCCUUGCCGGGCAUUCAAAAUGGAAUUAAACGAAGUUAACGAUCAGGCCGGUCAAAGGGAGGUGAUCGCGGAGAAUCUUCAGGCUAACGUCCUACGGGAGUUGAACAUCUUGGUGAAGGAUUUCAAGGAGGAUCGUAAGAAACAUUUGCAGGAAGGCGCACGACUGAUGGCUACUUUAGCCGGCCAGAUCGGCAACCUGGAACGCGCUAGGAAGGCUUACGAGAAGGCCUUUCGCGAGGCGGAACGCGCUGUCGAAAACUAUCAACGAGCAGACGCAGAUCUUAAUCUCUCGAGAGCAGAAGUCGAAAAACAGAGGAUGAACAUGACCCUGAAGACUCAGCAGAGCGAGGAGGCUAAAACAGAGUACGCUAAUCAGCUGCAGAAGACGAAUGAUAUGCAGACGUUGCAUUACCACACAGCGAUGCCGGAAGUGUUCCAGCACCUUCAGGAAUUGGAUGAAAAAAGGAUAAAGAACAUGCGAAACUACAUGAUGAAGUCGGUCGAAAUCGAGCGGGCGGUAGCACCAAUAAUUGCUCAAUGUCUUGAUGGCAUCGAAAAGGCAGCGAACGAGAUCAAUGAAAAAGAGGACACGAUGCUAGUGAUCGAACGCUACAAAAGCGGUUUCCAGCCGCCUGGCGACUUCCCCUUCGAGGAUCUGUCAGUCGCCAAAAACUACGACAGCAAUAGCCAACUAGCCCAGCCGGUCAUGCAGCCAAUUCACAAUCACCUCACAGUCAAAGGUACUGUCUCUGGUGGCAAAAUCAAGAAGAGGGUAGGCCUCUUCGGGAUCUUCAGCAGUAAUAAGAAGUUGAUCGAGGUGUGCAUAGCUUUAAAGAAUAACGUUCCUGGCUACGGUGACGGCGCUAAGGAGGACUGCAGCGAUCUGCCACCGAAUCAGCGAAAGAAAAGACUGCAACAGAGAUUGGACGAAAUCCAGGCGAAGAUCCAACAAGAGACCGCAGCGAGAGACGGUCUGAUGAAAAUGAAAGGCGUAUACGAACAGAAUCCCGCCCUCGGAGACCCGAUGAGCAUAGAGGGACAAUUAAACCAGUCUAGCAAUAAGCUGGACAAACUCGGAGCUGAGUUGGCAAAAUUUCAAGGCUACCUCGAAGAAGCAAUGCGCGCUGGCGUCAGUUUGUCUAGCCCAAGUCAAGCACCGCGAAAACCCACUAGUAAUGGCUCGGCAACGAGACCGUUAAGUUCACGAAGAUCCAGUCACUCGGGUGGUGAAGAGAGCCUUUCGAGGUCCGCUUCGGACUCGAGCGUCAGCAACGUGAACGCGAACCAGCCUGUUCACAAAAAAAGUGCACCGGGCACACCACAGCCGACACAUGGUUCCACGAACAGCCCGGAAUCUGGCCUCGGCGAAUCGAGAACGUCGCUACCCGGUAGCGGUGGUGAGGAGUAUUACGUUGACGAAGUGGAUGCGCAACCGCCACUGGGAACAUGUCGGGCGCUGUAUCCUUUCGACGCGACUAGUGAAGGUUCUAUACCAAUGUAUGACGGCGAAGAACUAUACAUGAUCGAGCUGGACCAGGGAGACGGCUGGACCAGAGUUCGACGCAUUUCACAACCAAUCGAGGGCUUCGUACCGACUUCGUACAUCGAGUGUCAUCUGUACAACACUUAGCCGCUUCUCCUUGAACGUUGAAAGAACAGCGCAUAGGGCGGAACCGCUUGAAAGAGAUUAUUGUCGUGGGCCCGUAAUAUUUGGCGCCAUCGCAGACUCGAGAGUCGUGUGUUAGUUAAAUUUCGCACGGGAUAUUAGACGUGUCAACAAGUAAAUAGCAGGCCUAAGCGAAAGCAAUGUAUUUGAGUAACGUGCUCAAAAUACUCAGAGGAAGAACUCGUAGGAUCUCAUCAAGAAUUCUUGAAAACGCAAAUAAAAAUUCGCAAAUCUUGCGAGCGAUUUGUACAACCCACAAUCGUGAAUCUUAAAAUCUUUGAACAAUUAAAAGUUUUUUGAUAAUUUGUUUAGACGUAUAAAAAUUCGCAAACUAUUGGUUUCCAAAAUCUGUAAAUUUCGGAAUACUUUUUAAACGAAAUACGUAAAAGAAAGAAACUCUGCUUAUUGGUUCAAGCUUGCCUGUACUCGCAACAUUGAGAAUCAGAAAGUCCGCCGAAGCGCGCAAUUUAAGAUUCACGAUCUGUAGAAAGUGUCACGCGAUAACAUUCUUGAUGUAAUCGCGUUCACUGACCAAUAUAACACGCGUAAAUUAUCUCCAACACACGUCUCUCCAGAUUCCUGAUUAAUCAGGAAUGAAAGAAUGAUAUGCGAACAAAAUGUCCCGCUUUGUGAUCAAUCAAUAUAAGCGUAAUAGCGGUAGAAUCGAGCUCAUUCUUGGGCUUACUAGAUCCUUAAGGAAAUUAAGCCCUUGUCAGGAUUUAUUAAGGUGCCGUGGCCUUCGUUCUAUAUGAAGCCAAUUAACAAUUGUAGUCUGUUAAAUAGUAAUUAUUCUAUCGAUUAUCUGUUAAAUAGGUGUUAUUAAUGGAGAAUGUAUUAUUUAAAGUUUUACUCUACUAUUUUCUCUUGUUCUAAUUAUAUGUUGUUUUAGAAAGGGUUGCGGCAGUCCUACAGCCCUUCCCGCUUCUCUCAUUCCGAAAUUAUUAGUUAAUAUUAAUGGCUGUUGAUUCUUUAUUAAUAAUUUGAAAAAGUUUGAAGCGAUAAUUCAUUUUGCGUUAUUAUUUAUCGCGCGAAUAAUGGACCACAUGGUUCUGUAUCUUACAUUUAGUUUGUGAUUCGAAGCUAUCGACUAAUAAUAAUAGUUAUCGUAUUAAACUCAAGAAAAUUUUUGUUUUGUAUUUACGAUUAUUAUAUUAUCACUCAGACUGUAUAUUACGUUUUAACAUGUAAAUAUGUCCCUUUUUUUAUUCUGAAGUAUUCUUUUGUACGAAGGACUGCGGCAGCUCUGCAUAUCCAUCUAUGGCAGAAAACUUGUAAAAUUCUAGACAAGGGUUUAAUUUAUACAUCUGUACGAUAGCAUUAUGUCCAUCAUAUGCAGAUUCAGUUGUACGCAUUUAAAACUUUUAACCCUUGAGCAGAUACAUAAGUGAGACAGAUAAAAUUGUUAAUUGGAGCGAUUAUUAGUUACAAUCGCGAUUAGAACUAGGUACUGAAUUAUAAUUUUAAUCAUAAUUGAAAUAAUAAAUUUUUUAGAAAAGUUAAUCUCGAAUGAAAUUUAAAAAAAUUACAACGCGCAAUAUUCUUAUCUUUCUUAAAGUCUGUACACACGGUUUUGGACAUAUCUGGGUUGGUUUCAAUAUGGCUUCUAUUUUUUCUCAAUGCAGUUUGGAACCAAUGGCUCAAUGAGAGAACUUAACUAGUAAUAAUAAAUCAAAGAAGUUUUCUCAUUAGACUAUUGCAUUCCAAGCUGCAUCGAAAAAGAAAAUAUUCAAACUAUAUUGAAACUAGUGUACAGAUUUUUCAUUACUUCUGCAAUUGCGGCGAUGCGUCUGCUUAAGGAUUAAAGCACGAAAUCUCCGAAGAACUCGACUGAGACGUCGUCAAGCUGUCCUUGACUCGCAGCUUCUCAAAACGUGUUCUCUUCGCGUAGCUGUACACGAACGAAAUAUUUACGACCCCGUUAAAGAAAGUAAACUAUCUUAGUAUUAAUAAUCGCAUCCCGCCUACUCGUCACUCGUAAAUUUAUCGUGACUGCUGUAACCGUCGCCGCACCGAAGUUUUAUCGUUCUUUUAUAAACUUGAUUCGACGUCGUAAAAGGCAACUGAUUGUUUCGCGAAUGGCCCACUGUCACGCUGAGAGAACAAGAGACUGACAUUUGCUAGAGUUUCAUCAUACUCGUUAUCCGAAAUCUUGCACUCGUGCUUGUAAUCAAAAUUGCGAGAUAUGAUGAAAUUUUGGAAAUCAAAAGUGUGAAAUUAAGAUUCGAUUAAAUAAUUUUAAUCGACUUAUUUGGAAGCUAGAAUUUGCGGAAAAUUAUCAAAUUCCGUGAAGAAAAAUAUUAAUACAUUAUAUGUUCAUAUAUAUUAGAGUUGUGAGACCGAGAACCUUUAGAGCGGACAAUCCUCGCGGAUCCGUUGACAAUGGCAUCGAGAGUUUUACCUUUACAUUCACCAAUUCGGUGCGACGAAAAGUGAGCCGUUCCGGCGGAACAGUCCGGUGUGCCAUGUUUAUGAAGUUGACUGAAUGUGAAUCUAGUUAGUGAUAGACUUAUGUAAAUAUUGCCAGGAAUGCGGGAGCGGGAAAACGAAGCGAGUGGCCACUGAGCGUGCGAGUGCCAGAAUCGAUAUUAAGCUGCGCAGAACUCGCUUUCGUCACGGGUAGAAUCGUAAGCAAAAUGUCUCUGAGAAAAUUCGCGACGUCUGAAAUUCUGAAUUCAGAUAUUCGAUAUAAGGGAGAUUCGCGCGAACGCAAAAACCUGCCACGUUCGUCCUAAUUUUGCGAAAUCUGGGAAUCGUGUAAUCGUACUUUCUCGCGCAUUGACAAACUGUAUAUGUAUAUAUUAUAUAUAUAGAUAUAUAUAUAUAUAUAUAUAUAUAUAUUCGAUCGACAAAACAGGCGUAGCUUCACUACAGCUAAAAGUAUAAAAGUACAUAAAUGAACAUGAUCAAUAGUUUAUCUACACUCUCACACACACACACACACACACACACACACAUACACAAACCCUUCCUGCUUUUCGUCGCGACUGCUUCCGGUUCGUUAACGACGAAAGCAAGUGAAAUGCUCGGUAAUUAUGUUAAGACAAUGAAAUGAAAUAAUGGGCCACUGUGUGCCCUCACGUUUAACUGUGUCUGUUCUAUGUAUAUUUUGUGAUUUUCUAUACACGAACAAGUAUUGUAGAUAACUAAUUCUGCGAUUCAUUAUACUUUAUUAUUAUUUUUAUUAUUAUUACACUAUUAUCAUUAUUAUUAAUAUUGAGAAAAUAUAGGUACUAAACCAAUGUAGCUCUUUCAGACAUGUUAA